UGGGCUUGGAUUCCAGCUGCAGACAGCCUGGAUCCCAGGCAGUAGUGAGUGACAGAGACCCGACAGCACUGCACACAGCUCACAGCUCCGCCUUGCUAGCGCUGAAGGUGGAUGAGGAGCAGCUACAAGGAGACUGAGAAAAGCCUGGAGCUGGACACCCUGCCGCAACAUUAAGUGAACAGGAUUCCAGAGAGACUUCACAGCUUUUGGCUAUAAUGGAAUGAAAGGAGCUAAUCCAGGGAACCAACAAAAACGUGAAGAAACCCAGAUACUUACAAGCGCAAGCUGACUGAAGGCCCCAUCUAACUCAUGGUGCAUUUUGAUUAGCGUAUGAGAACAACGAACCCCCAAAGAGCAAUAUGUUCCUUAACUCCUCGACUGAAGAUGGAAUUAAAAGAAUCCAAGAUGACUGCCCCAAAGCUGGCAGGCACAAUUACAUUUUUGUCAUGAUCCCGACUCUCUACAGCAUCAUCUUUGUGGUGGGAAUAUUUGGAAACAGCUUGGUGGUGAUUGUCAUUUACUUUUACAUGAAGCUGAAGACUGUGGCUAGUGUUUUUCUUCUGAAUCUCGCCCUGGCUGACUUAUGCUUUUUGCUGACUUUGCCACUGUGGGCUGUCUAUACAGCUAUGGAAUACCGCUGGCCCUUUGGCAAUCACCUAUGUAAGAUCGCUUCGGCCAGCGUCAGUUUCAACCUCUAUGCCAGUGUGUUCCUGCUCACCAGUCUCAGCAUUGAUCGCUACCUGGCCAUUGUCCACCCAAUGAAGUCUCGCCUCCGCCGCACGAUGCUCGUGGCCAAAGUCACCUGCGUUAUCAUCUGGCUGCUGGCUGGCUUGGCCAGUUUGCCAGUCGUCAUCCACCGAAAUGUAUUUUUCAUCGAGAACACCAACAUCACAGUUUGUGCUUUUCAUUAUGAGUCUCAGAACUCAACCCUCCCCAUAGGGCUGGGCCUGACCAAGAACGUUUUGGGCUUCAUGUUCCCUUUUCUCAUUAUUCUUACCAGCUAUACUCUAAUUUGGAAAACCCUAAAGAAGGCUUAUGACAUUCAGAAGAACAAGCCAAGAAAUGAUGAUAUCUUUAGGAUAAUUAUGGCGAUUGUGCUUUUCUUUUUCUUUUCCUGGGUUCCCCACCAAAUCUUCACUUUUCUGGAUGUGCUCAUUCAACUGGGCGUCAUCCGUGACUGUAAAAUCGCUGACAUCGUGGACACUGCCAUGCCCAUCACCAUCUGCAUAGCUUAUUUUAACAACUGUCUGAACCCUCUGUUUUACGGCUUUCUGGGGAAAAAAUUUAAAAAAUAUUUCCUCCAGCUUCUGAAAUACAUUCCCCCAAAGGCCAAGUCCCACUCAGGCCUGUCAACAAAAAUGAGCACUCUUUCCUACCGCCCUUCAGAUAACAUGAGCUCAUCGGUCAAGAAGCCUGCAUCUUGUUUUGAGGUGGAGUGAGGGGUUCAGAGUCUGCUAGUGAAGUGAUACACUGACAAAAAGAAGCCAGAGCAGCUUUUGGCUAGACAGUUCACUGCCAAAGGGAUGUUCAACCCCCGCCACAGAGAAUGGACUCGGUGAACUGUACAUGUUUUCUAAAGCACGGAAUGAAAGCUUUGGAAUAGGAGCAAAGCCACUGUUCACCACUUUUGUCAUUGACUGGAUAAUAACUGCUCCAAGAACAAUGUCAAACACUGAGUGACUAUGGAUUUUGAAAAAACGUACAGGUCGAAAAGCAAUGUCCCUUGUCCCCCUCAUUCUGUUACUUUUGAUUUCCUCACAAAGGUAUUUAGAAUAUAUUAAAUCUGUAGACAAACUAAAAGGAGAUGCGAGGUCAGCAGCUUCUAAGCUUUUCCAUCUGUUUAGCUACUAGUGACUAUGACACUAUUGUCCCUAAGAUUUGCUAAGCAGUAGCCAUCAAGUUGCAAAACUUUCUGUGAAGUUCAACCAGUAGCUCAAGAAACCACACUGCCAAAAUAGUCUUACCUGUGGAUAAUGAUGCUACAGCAGUCGCAUACCAAAGUUGACCCAACAGUGAAGCAGUGUCUUCCUAGGCAGACCAGUCUUCAUAGACUUUGUCAAGCAGAUUUGUCAUAAAAUAUGUCUUAUUGUUCUAAAAAUGUAUAUAUUAUAUGUGUAUAUGUAGCUAUAUCUCAAAACUGUUGUUUGAUUAAAAUCUAGCAAACAUAUUUAUCUUGAAAUAAAAGUUUAUCAUAAUGUA